UCCAUUUUAGAGGAGUACAACAUUAACUGGACUCAGAAGCUGGGAGCUGGGAUCAGUGGUCCUGUUAGAGUCUGCGUGAAAAAAUCCUCCCAAGAACGCUUUGCGCUGAAAAUUCUCCUCGAUCGUCCAAAAGCUAGAAAUGAGGUACGUCUGCACAUGAUGUGUGCAACACAUCCAAAUAUUGUUCAAAUUAUUGAAGUUUAUGCUAACAGUGUGCAGUUCCCACAUGAAUCCAGCCCAAGGGCUCGGCUCCUAAUUGUAAUGGAGAUGAUGGAAGGGGGAGAGCUAUUUCACAGAAUCAGCCAGCACCGGCACUUUACUGAGAAGCAAGCAAGCCAAGUAACAAAGCAGAUAGCUUUGGCUUUGCAGCAUUGCCACUCGUUAAACAUUGCACAUAGAGACCUCAAGCCCGAGAAUCUCCUCUUCAAGGAUAACUCUCUGGAUGCACCUGUUAAAUUGUGUGACUUUGGAUUUGCCAAAGUAGACCAAGGUGACUUGAUGACACCGCAGUUCACUCCAUACUACGUAGCACCUCAGGUAUUGGAGGCACAAAGACGGCAUCAGAAAGAAAAAUCUGGUAUUAUCCCCACCUCGCCAACACCUUACACUUACAACAAGAGCUGUGACUUGUGGUCCCUGGGCGUCAUAAUUUACGUGAUGCUGUGUGGAUACCCUCCGUUUUACUCCAAACACCACAGUCGAACGAUUCCAAAGGACAUGCGGAAAAAGAUCAUGACAGGAAGUUUUGAAUUUCCCGAGGAAGAGUGGAGCCAGAUCUCAGAAAUGGCGAAAGACAUUGUGCGAAAGCUGCUGAAGGUCAAACCCGAGGAGCGGCUGACCAUCGAAGGUGUGCUGGACCACCCCUGGCUCAACUCCACCGAGGCGCUUGAUAACAUCCUGCCCUCUGCCCAGCUGAUGAUGGACAAGGCAAUGGUUGCGGGGAUACAACAGGCUCAUGCAGAGCAGCUUGCGAACAUGCGGAUCCAGGACCUCAAAGUCAGUCUCAAACCCCUUCACUCCGUCAACAACCCAAUCCUGCGCAAAAGGAAAUUACUGGGCACUAAGCCAAAGGAUGGGGUUUAUAUCCAUGACCCCGAGAAUGGAAGCAACGACUCCAACGUGGCUCUGGAAAAGCUCAGAGAUGUGAUUGCUCAGUGCAUUCUACCACAGGCUGGUAAAGGAGAAAACGAAGAUGAGAAGCUGAACGAAGUGAUGCAGGAGGCGUGGAAGUAUAACCGAGAGUGUAAGUUGCUGCGAGACACUCUUCAGAGCUUCAGCUGGAACGGCAGAGGAUUCACAGAUAAAGUGGAUCGACUAAAACUGGCAGAAAUAGUGAAACAAGUUAUCGAAGAGCAGACAAACUCCCAUGACUCUCAAUAGCUGGAGCUUCUUAAUCUUAUUUUUUUUACCAUUUAAGAUUUAUUCUUUAACUGUAAAAAGUAUUUUUAUGUAAAUUAAUAAAUCAUAAUUAUUUC